GAAAUAGUGUGAUAGGGGCGUAAAACCUUCUGGGAGGGUGAGACAGAUGUUGCAGCGCUACGCAUUAUUGCAGAGGAUUUCAGUGAUGGCUCUCAAACCCCACCGCCUCCAUAACCUCGCCGAUACGACGUCGCUUGGCGUAGCAAAGAGGCCAAGAACAAUGGCCACCGAAUCCUCCUCCUCCUCUAUGAAAGACGCCUUCUCCCAGUACGCCGAUUACCUCAAUAACCAAAAUGAUAAACGUGAAAGAAUCGUCAAAGCGAGUCGGGAUAUCACCAUGAACAGCAAAAAGGUCAUCUUUCAAGUCCACAGAAUGAGCAAGCAUAACAGAGAGGAGGUUCUGCAGAAAGCCGAAAAGGAUUUAGCCGCCGUGACGGAUCAGUUCGUGGCCCGGCUGGUUAAAGAGCUGCAAGGGACUGAUUUUUGGAAGCUAAGAAGAGCAUACUCGCCUGGGAUACAAGAGUACGUUGAAGCUGCAACCUUCUGUAAAUUCUGCAGGACCGGGACUCUUUUGAAUCUUGAUGAGAUGAAUGCUACAUUGCUACCACUCAGCGAUCCCUCUCUCGAGCCUUUGCAGAUCAAUGUCCUUGACUAUCUCCUAGGGCUUGCAGAUUUGACUGGAGAGCUGAUGCGGUUGGCAAUUGGUCGAAUUUCAGAUGGUGAAGUUGAAUUUGCUGAGAACAUAUGCAAGUUUGUGCGUGAAAUUUACAGGGAACUGACCCUAGUUGUCCCCUUUAUGGAUGAUAGUAAUGACAUGAAGACGAAAAUGGAUACAAUGCUUCAAAGUGUAAUGAAGAUAGAGAAUGCUUGUUUCAGUGUUCAUGUCAGAGGAUCAGAGUAUAUGCCUCUACUUGGCUCCGAGGAUCCAACUUCCUUUUUAUUGGCAGUGCCCAGUGUUGAUAUAUGAGGCUUGAUUUCGAGGAGCAAGGAUGGGAGAUGCACUCUUUAGUGGAAAACAUUUUUAGUACACCCUUGUCGCUGACGCACACCCAGCUGACAAGAGAUUGCCACUUGUUUUGAGGAAAAAACACCUUGAUGUUUUCUUUGCAGAGCAGUAAGCUUUUGAAACAGUUUCUCGAAUUUCCUGUAAAUGGAUGACGAUUACUUAGAUUUGAAUAGCUUGGUGAAAACUCAGCCAAAAAGGUGUUAGACAUGAGGUUCACAUUAGAAUGCAGAAGCAGCCUUUUACUGUUAAGCCAAAAUUAAAUCGAAGUAUGUUUAAUUUCUUAUACACUAUCUGUCUGAAUUGAUUACCGUUUUAUA